CGAGUUUUCAAAGCCUCUGCCUUUUAUAUAUAUAGGCUGCUGUUAAUCAGUUGCUAUUGCACUUUGCACACCAAGCGUCCAACGGCGACUUCUAGGCUUACUGUUCCAUCAAUAUUCAAUAAUGGCCCUUUCAACAAUGAUCCAUACCCAUCUCCCACCAGCCCUCAGCGGUGGUGGGAUGAAUCGGAUUUCUGCUGUUUAUGCUCAUCAAGGAGUUGCUUCCAAUACCAAACUCAAUAGGGGUGCUCGACGUUUAGCUGAAUCGUUGACUACCCUUCUUAAUCUCAAUAUCGAACCUCUUUGUUCGAGGAAAAAUUUUCAAUAUUCCAAUUGGGAUUCGUUUGAUGAUGAGAAACAUAACACCCCAACGACGUCUCCCAAGGAGAUGAUCGCCGAUAAGUGGCGUGAACUUCAUGGUUCUUCGGAUUGGGAGAAGCUUUUAGACCCGCUUCAUCCAUGGCUACGGCGAGAAAUCGUUAAGUACGGCGAGUUCGCUCAAGCGACUUACGAUGCUUUCGACUUUGAUUCUUUCUCGGAGUAUUGUGGGAGUUGCAGGUAUAAUCGUAACAAGUUGUUUGAGAAACUGGGGCUGAGUAAAAAUGGUUACAAGGUGACUAAGUACAUCUACGCUAUGUCCGCCAUUGAAAUGCCACAGUGGUUGGAAAGGUCACGGUUGAUGGACACAUGGAGCAAAGAUUCCAACUGGAUGGGUUACGUGGCCGUUAGCGACGACGAGGAGACACGUAGGAUCGGACGGAGGGAUAUCGUGGUGGCGUGGCGAGGGACGGUGGCGCCGUCUGAAUGGUACGAGGAUUUUCAAAGGAACUUAGAACCGAUAGGGAUCGGAGAUGCUAAGGUUGAGCAUGGAUUCCUAAGCAUUUACACUUCCAAGAAUGAAUUCACAAGGUACAAUAAGUCAAGUGCUUCAGAGCAAGUUAUGAAAGAAGUGACCAAGUUGGUGCAAUUCUAUAAAGGACAAGGAGAAGAAGUGAGUUUAACGAUAACCGGGCACAGCUUAGGCGGUGCAUUGGCACUGCUCAAUGCCUAUGAAGCCGCCGUGAAUUUCCCGGGCCUUGCGAUUAGUGUGGUUUCCUUCGGUGCACCUAGAGUCGGCAACAGCGCCUUUCGAGCCGAGCUCGAUGAUUUAGGAGUUAAAACUUUGAGAGUGGUAGUUAAGCAAGAUUUAGUCCCUAGAAUGCCAGGGAUUGUUUUCAAUGAGAGUUUACAGAGGUUUGAUGAUAUAACAGGAACAUUAGAAUGGGUUUAUACACAUGUAGGAGCUGAAUUGAAGCUUGAUGUUAGUUCAUCACCUUACCUUAAAGGUGGAUUCAAUCCGUUGGGAUUUCAUAGCCUCGAGACGUACCUUCAUCUUGUCGAUGGGUACCUUAGUGCCGAGUCUGCAUUUCGGUCCGGUGCUCGUAGGGAUGUUACCUUGGUGAACAAGGCAUGUGAUAUGUUGGUGGAUGAACUAAGGAUACCUCAAUGCUGGUACCAAUUGGCUAACAAAGGGUUGGUUUGUAAUGAACAUGGCAGAUGGGUUAAACCAAGAAGAGAACCUGAAGACAUUCCUUCACCAACCGGAGAACAAGCACAUGACCUUAGUCUCAGAAUUGAGAGGCAAGAAAGUUAUAAAAUGUUGUAUGCAAGCUAAAAACUUAGCUAUAUGUUGAUCAAGAAAUGAAAAGCAUUUUUUGAAAAAUUCUCACUUGAACUCUAUACCAUCUUACUAAAAACUUGGCUAUAUGUUAGCUAUAUGCAGGCAAUGUCUAUCUGCUACUUACACAUUGCAUGAGAAUCUAAUUUCAGUUUGUUACACAUAUAUACAACAAUUUACUCCACAGUCAAACACAUAUAUGGGUGUGAUCUACUUACAAGGAAGUAUCUGGUCAAAUCGGCAAGACGGUCUUCAUGUCCUUAUGCAUUGUUCUAAUCACGGUCGUGACCUGCUCGAUUUGAUCUUCACUAGAACAUGCAGAGAGAAGUACCUUGGCAGUUCCUCCAUCAGGGUAACAGCCAGCGUCGAUCAUUUCCUCAAAAAUUUCUAAGCAUCUUUGAUAUAGUUUCUUCCUAGAGUAGGCUCCGAGCCGUGAAGUCCAGGUUACCACAUCAGGUGUCAAAUU